UAAGCGACUUGUUAUUUUUUGAAAACAUAAAAUUUAUUUAUUUGAAUGAACAGUAUAUCUGACAAUAACUGCUAGCUGUGCUGCAAGGAAAAAGACCUUUCUACAUUAAUUUCGAUUUAUCAUCGAAAAUGUUAUUUAGCAUUGAGGAUAUUUGCAAUAAAUUGCAAUCAACAGAGCGAAGAGUUAAAAUUGCCGCCCUGGAAGAAUUGCAAAGGAAAUGUUUGGACAACCAGGUGCCCGGCAAAGAUGUUCAGGAAAUAUACGACGAAUUGUAUUUGCAUUUACUUAAAUGCUACAGUGACAGAUUCGAGAGUGUACGGGAUAAGUCUGUGGAAACUGUGAAUGCAUUCGUGGAACGUUUGCCACCAAACGACUUUCAUUUGCUUAACAUAGUGUCGGCUUUGAGAGAACGCUUAGGACAACAAGAGACAGUCGAGGAAAGUGAAGAAAUUCGAUUGGUGUUAGUGCAGCAAAUGGCAAAAUUGGUGAAUCGUUUCAUAGAAACUGGAAAUAAAACUUCGCUGCAGGGUUGCACCACAGAUAUAAUAGUAAUUUUAGCGAAGGUAUUGAAGGACCCCUAUCCGGCUGUUCAAAGACAAGCAUGCACUUGUGUUGCUAUCCUCGCCUCUUCGAGCGAUUCAUAUACUUUCGAAAAACAUGCAGUGCCACUAGCUAAAGCCCUUUACGGAAUGCUAAACCAUAAACACUCUAACGCCCGCAUUGCGGCAGUCAACGCUUUGAGUUUUGUGGCCCUGCAUAUUGAUGCAAGUAGGGAUUCUCUAUCCAGACUUCUAAUGGAAGUAUCUCCGUUGUUAAUGGAUGCAAUGCCUCUAGUCCGCCGAGAAUGCGGAGAGUUAGGUAUACGGCUGUUGCUUGAACUAAAGGAUCGAUACUCGUACUUUGAUCGAUUGAUACCUUUGGUGUUGUGCUGCCUAAAAGAUGAAUCUCCCGAAGUAAGGGAUUACAUACUCCCACUUUGGAUAAAAUGUGGCAAAAAGUAUUACGAGGAGAACGAGGCGGAGUUAAGUAAACAAGAAAUAGCUGAUAUAGUCCCUAGCAAUUAUCCAACGAGUGUCAAGCGCCCCACGAUUGGCUGCCGUGCGAUAGUUCAGCGAUCGCUGCGCCUGCUGAAGCUUAUUACACGCGAGUCAUCCGACUGGAAGGAAAAUGUUCGACUGCACUCUCUGAAGUUGUUAUACCAAUUUGUUUUGCAUGCCGAGGCUGCCAUGACAGCAAAAUUUUUUGAAAUAUACCCAGAUAUAGCAAGAUGCUGCCGUGAUAAUGAUAAUAUUGUCGUCCAGGAAGCAUUUAAUCUAGCUGACCUAAUGGGACGUUUAUUGAACUAUGAUGACUGGUGUGAACAUGGAUUUGAAGGUUUAGAGAAAAAUGCCAAAGAAGGCUACCUAAAGUGUUUCUACUAUAUGUAUACUGCAGCCAUAAAUGUUAAAUUUGAAGAUAAUUUGAGGCUGACGAAAUUAUUGGUGGAACCUGAUUUUUCACAGACGCUGAAAACAGACUUUCAAUUGUAUAUUUUAAAUAUGGUUGACACGGUUUUAGACAAAACAGAGGAAGAAUCAAAACUUUUGGCUGAUGAAAACCCCAAAUACAAUGCCCAACUUAAUGAGCUUUAUAAAAAUUGCUAUUGCUGCACAAUGAAGGUAAGGGCCUUGUCGCUGGAAUCCGAACAAACCAAUGCUGAAGAAUUGCAAUCAAAAGGCAGUAAAAUACUAGAGCGUAUUGUUGUACGCUAUGGAUUCUCUUUAGACGAUCUUCAUGAGAAAUUUUUCAAUGAUGCCCUAGAGUAUGUCGACAAUAUUGAUGCGCCUUUGGACGAUUUAAGUGAACCAAUUUUAUUGUUUUAUGGUCUACUGAAAUUGGGAAAACUGCGUGAGCCCUAUUUGCUGAACAUACAGCAAAAGGUCAAAACAGUUUUUACUAUGUGUGCCGAUGAGUCGAAAAUAAAAAUAUUUACGGCGGUGUCCAUAGCAAUGCUGGAAUGGCACAAUACCAUACGCAGACCCCUUGAAUGCAGUUGUGCAUUACUAAGGGGUUUUAUAGAUGCCGUAGUGGAGCCAUGCAUAGUCUGGAAAGCAGGUGCUAACGCAGAAGCUAUGCGCUCUUUAGCAACAGCUACUUUAUGCUCCCUAUCGCAGGGGGCGGCUGAAGAAGCACGCUAUAUAUUGCCUAGCCUGGCCAAAUAUAUUCCCAGUUUAUUGGAGGAUAAUUCUGUAUCAACUCGCCACUACGCAGUCAAAUGUUUGAACAAUUUUGGAGCUGUUAAUCUGGAAGAGCUUAAGCCCAUAGCAUAUGGUUGUUUGCAACGCCUGGACGAUGCAUCCUCGGGAAUACGCAUUUUAGCUGCUUCGGUCAUUCCAAAAUUGGAGCCAGCUCUAAUAGAUGUGCCAGCUGGCAUGGGCGGUGAAGGUGAUAAAAAGAUGGCCUAUGAACACGACAUAUGGCAAACGUUUGUUAAGAAAUGCCUAGAGUUGAUGUUUUUACACUACGAUGGGCCAGAUUUGCGGUUAAGAGCUGUACUUAAAGGAACCAUUAUGGAAAUGGGCAAACGCUAUCCCGAAAUAUGCAAAGAAAGCUAUGAAAGCAUCCUAAAUACCACCUGCAAUAGCAUCAAUUUAAAGGAACUUGAAGAGGAAUUGGCUCUCAUUAAGUGAAAACUUGUCAAACAUCCUUAUAAAUAGCCGCUAUUUAAUUUCAAUCUAUGAAUAUUUUUAAUAUUUAUUUUUAAACAAUUUCAUUAUUAUAAUAAAAACACUCAAAUUACCACAAA